AUGAUGAGCACAGACGCGACCUAUAAAGUCAACUUCCACGGCUUCCCUGUCCUCACUCUCGCUAUGGUGGACUAUCAUAACCACACAUUCCCUAUAGCGCUUGCUAUUUGUGGAAGCGAGAAGAUUGAUGAUUAUCGGGAACUGUUCUUAUCAAUGGAUAUUGGUGCUGCUAAGAUGGGGCUUCCCCCCCACUCACCAAGUUUCAUCAUGGCAGAUGGAGCGGCGGCAAUAACGGCCGCUGCGGGGGAAGUGUUUCCAGCUUCCGGGAGAGCCAUGUGCUGGUAUCAUAUGAAGAAGAACGUGGAAUCGUUCAUGAGGGGUCUGAAAAUGGAAGAGCGGGAGAAGAAUACUAUCAUGCGCGAUCUCUCUUACGUGCAGCUUGCUACUUCUCAGAAAGCCUUCCUCGAGAUGUUCCGGUUGUUCUCAGCUGUACAUGAACCACGACACCCAGAGCUCUUGAAGUACAUCAGGGAGAGCUGGGUGGAGAAUCCUCCUUACAACACUUGGUGGGAAGGCUUUGCACCCAGACUACCAUCCACUAAUAAUGGUUUGGAGUCGAUGAAUAAUCAGCUGAAAAUAAAAACUCUACGAGAGAAGCUGCCGUUAGGCACAUUUCUCACUUUAGUGCAGAGCCAGGUGGUUCCUGGGUACAGCGAGGCUCUAAAUAGUGCUGACGGUUCCGGGGAUAGGCAGUUUGAAGAUAUCGAUGACCUCGGCGCAUCGAAAUCCCUCUUUGUAUCCGCCGCGAAGUGGGCUGAGAAUGAGGCUAUGCGGAUAGUACAGCUGCCUCAAGGGACAUACAUCUUCGUCCGGUCCCGAGCAUCCGAACUUCGUUUCUAUCGCUGCUCUGCUGAGUAA